CAAUGAGUAGAGCAGCAGAUCAAAUGUGACUCAUUUCAGUAUCACCUGUUUGUGAUAACAGCACGAGGACACCACGCGAUUGGCUGAAAGUAUGAAGAGGUUCUGUGCGCCGUCCCGCAGCUCAUGCUCUCUUAAGCACCGCAGACUGGUUGACAGAUGUCCACCUCGAGGAGCCCAGACCGUCCUGGGCAUGGUCCUCCGUGCCUUCCCUCCUCAACAGUUGACAGCAGCGGUUUAACAGAGCAUGAUCCGGACCCUGACCUCCUCUUCCCGUUCACCCGACGUCUCCUGCGCUUUGGUGUCUGCAGCAGCCCUGUUACGCGCCGCAAGAGAGAGAUGAUUCCCGCCGACAAGAAAGACACCACGUACUGGGACAAGCGUCAAAAGAACAACGAGGCAGCGAAGCGGUCCAGGGAGAAGAAGCGGCUGAAUGACCUGGUGCUGGAGGGUCAGCUGCUGGCUCUGAAGGACGAGAACGCACAGCUGCGCGCUGAGGUGCUAAGCAUGCAGUAUUACAGCAGCCUGAACGCGGAGGAAAGUAACCACCACGCUGCUAGGGCAACAUCAGAUUCUACAGUGCCCUUACACCCCAAACCUUCUUUUGUCCCUGCCCUUCUCCAGAGAGGACUCUGGGACAAUAGCAGGAGCAACCAAGUCUCUGUGAUGGGUGUAAGGCAACAAGAAGCAGCGAUGAAUCCAUUUGAUGCCAAGAUCCCCUGUUUAAGUUACAAUACACAGGUUUUUCAAACUUGUGGCGCACAGCAAGGCAUCCCCCCCUUCUCCGGGCCGUGUUUCCCUUCUCCCACAGCACAUUUGGAGGUUGGGAGAUCAGCGGAGACAGAGUCGGACCCUCAGCGACAGGUGUCCUCCAGCGAUGACUUCCCUAGACCCACCUAUCAGGCGUCCUCCAUCCAAGCGUCCCUUGGCUCCUUCCCUCUGGCUUCCAAUCUGCCGAACCCGUCUCAAACCUGGCUGGUGCCCUGCGUGAAUCACCCGGCACUGCGUAAUAAUGUUCUGCUGCAUUGGCCGUCUUCCUACCUGCCCCCACCGGCUGUCUUGCCAGGCCUACCUCCUCUUUACAUACAGGCGAGACGAGGCCAUGGUCUCGGUGUGGAGGAUGAUCUUCGGAGGGGGUUCAAGAGCGGGUUUGGCAGAGCUGAAGAAAAGUCGGAAUCAGCUCGAGAUGCACCCCAAUCCUAAUGGACUCCAACUAUCACGGCGUUUUUUCCAAGCAGAGUGAAAAAUAAUAAUCAUUUUUUGUGUUGUAAAAAGUAACAAGUGAGCAAACUAGGUUUUAAAAUUUGCCUGGAUGCAAUAUGCCCUCUAAUUUGUUAUCUGACCUUAAUAAAAAAGAAGUAAAUGAGGACAUUAUAUUUGACAACGUCUCUCUCUCUAUUUGCUACAGUUUACACUGGCAGAACAGAGAACAAUGAAUACAGCUCAUAUUGAGGAGUUAGAUUUCUCUUGAAGUGUUAUUCAGAAUGAAACAGCGGCUGAAACUUGAUGAGUGAUUUUACACACUGACGGGAAUAAUAAUACAUCCAUUUCCCAGGCUUAAUUGAUUUGAACGGAAUUUUAAAUCUCAAUGCAAAAAUAAAUUCACCAAUAUAUGAAACAUAAAUGAAUCAGAAGAUUUGUUUGUAUUGGAGUUCAGAUUGAUUGCUGGGAAAGAAACGUCAACAUUUUUUUUGCGGUGGAACAACAUCAGUUACUAGGUUUGUGAAACUGGUUGUUUGUUGGGUUGGUGUUCCCCUCGCACACUUUGAUUAAAAGAAAAGACGUUGAUUCGUCGGCCUGCGGCUCUGUGACAACACUUGCACUGCAGCUGUCUCUAUCAACUCUGCAGCAGUGUUGCAAUAUGAUGUGUUUGGAAUUCGCAAUGAUGGUCCCGAAUAAAUAAUCCUCAGUCCAUUUAACUAACCCAUUUGAUAGUUUGACAGCAGUUCAGAUCUUUUAAGUCUCUUCACUUGCACCUGCAUCAUCAAAUAAGCUUAAAUAUGACAAACGUUGAACAGCUCAAACGGCUUUUCUAUGACAACUUGCCCCUCAGUCUACCAGCUGGUGUUUCGAGUCCACCAGCAGAGGGAGCUACAACAUGGCCCUGCUACAGUUUUCCCUGUCAGAAUGCUGCACAACUUUAUGCCUCGAUAAUGUCUUUGUAAUGCCUUCAUAUCAGCUAUUAAAAUACCAUUGGAUACAUUCUAAUUCCUCUUUAUGCAAAACAAUACUAAAUGUUAUGGAAACAAAAACAGAAAGUUGGAAGGAAUACAUUUUGGUUCUUUAAUACGACAAAUAUACUCUAAACAUUUCUAAAGGAAACAACAUGGAAGUACCAUGGAUGGUACUGAAGUUUUCAAAAUAAUGCUUAAAAAAAGUUACAUUGUGCCCAUUAUUUGUACAUAUCAUACCUUGAACAAAUUUACAGACAAAAAAAAACAUAAAUUUAAUGUUUGUUUGCUAUACCUCAGGAACUUUGCAAUAUGACAUGAGGAUGAUGUUACUGCACAAAAAGUGUGUUUCAAAGUUGACAGAGUGUUUGUCAGAAAUCCGAUCAGUAAGAGGACAUUACAUGUGCAGACCCAGAGUCAAAACUUGCACCUUCAAGCUGAUUAAGUGUCAAUCUGUGGUGCAAAAAAUCUUUUAACACUUAAAAUAGAGAACUUCAAGUCAGUCCAGUCUUCUUUGAAUAUGUGAGAGACACAUAAUGUAGUAUAUUUUUGGUGUGUUUUAUUUUUGCCUGACGACUUCUACCAUUAGUACUUCUAACACCAUUGCCUGUGUGCAGAAGUAUGUAAUUGAAUACCACAUAAGACAACUUAAUGCAGCUACAGAACAGGUAACAAUCAGCAACACACCGCAAACAGAAACCAAAUGGCCUGUGCCAGAAUAACGCAAUCAUGUAAUAUUACUGUAUACUUGUCAUAAAUGCAUAUCCCCCUGCUAUUUGAUCUGACGGAACAACAAAUAUGGUAAUUUGAAAAUGACAGCAGUUAACCACAAAUAUCAUACAAUUCUGAACAGCAGGCACGUUUCAUGUGACAGCAGAGGUGGACAGACAAACACACUUAAAGUAGGAGGGAGGUGAGAGGAUACAAAAAGCAACAAGACAUUAUCAGCCCCCCUCUGCUAAAGUGUGUAUCAAUCUCAUGAGGCAGUCUCGGAGGAGAGUCAGCGGCUCAAAGUUGGUCAUUAGUGCAGUGUGAGGGCGAGCUUUCUGCGAAUAAGGUCGUAGGCAGUGGACUUUCUGCACCCAGCUUUUGAAGGUAAGGCCCCAAGAUAAUUUUUCACUCAAAGAGGUUUGGAACAUGUUUGUAAUGAUGUCUGGAUUCAGGGGAUGUAACGAUGAUAGCUACCAAAGGAGAGAGAGUAACAAACAAAACUCAUUUCAAACCGUGACUUUUUGCUCAUGACACCAACACCAUGUUGACUGUAAAGUCUGAAGACAGAUCAGAAAAUGUUGUAUUUUUUUAUUUUUAUCUCUGUCAUAUCUUACCAACAAGCAGGGGAAUGGUUCACAUUUCUAAUUUGUUCAUGUAGUCUUUUAUAUUAUCAAAAUAAAAUCAUUUACUCUGAAUACAGAACUUGAAAAUGUUGCCCUCAUAU